AUGCAUCGCCCCAAGGUGCGACCUCUCGACUUCGAAUUGUUCACGACUUGGAGUCAUCCCUUGAACCGGCAUCUGCCACCACUUAAGAAACUUCAAGAAUGGUUCACAACCGAGUUUGCACUUAGGCUCUCGAGAAGCCAGCCUCCAACACAAUCCUCCAGAAUUUGCUUUUGCGCCUUGGUGGCUCGUCAUGUCAGCUCCCACACAUCCGCCUAUGACUUUGAGAAUGUGCCAAAAACAAGGAGUGCUUUUGGGCAAAUGAUGCGAAAGAUCUUCAGCACGGAGGUGGUGGACGAAGUAUUGUGGAAGCUCUACCAAGAAGGGGAGUUCUUCGGUCAUGAUCAAGUAGAGAUGAGGUUCAUCGUACAUCGCCCUCUUGGAAUGUGGAUCACUCACCUCACAGAGAAGAUGCUCGAGACGGUGUAUGUUGCGGACAGAAGCAAGACUACAGGUCUUGUACCUAAGAGCGCAAGGCAAGACAUGGCAAACUUCACGCCGGGCAAAGAGCAUCUUGCAAACCCCGAAGUUCGAUUCACGUCUUCUGGGCCAUUGCACGGCGAACGGCGAGGACAUGAUGUCCAAGCCGCGCCCGCAUCCGAUCAACAUACUAAUGUCAACUUGGACCAAACAGAGCAAGCCCCUUUACCUGGAGACCGAAACGUACACAACCAACCACUGUCAUCGACCCAAGGCUCGCCUGACCGACCACUGCCAUCAAGACAAAGUUCGGGUGAUCGACUACUACUUCCGGGGCAGGGUUUAUCAGAUGAACCACUAGCAUCGCAACACGGCUCACAAGAUCAUCUACUGCCGCCAGUUCAAGAGCCAGUUCCAGAUCCGUCGUCGCCCCUGCCAGAAGAUCCAUCUCAACAAAUCUUACGUGAUGCACAACAGGAGUCUUCAGCUCUCGCUAACCCAGCUGCACCACGCAAUGAGCCGGCAACACAAGACCUUGGUUCAUCUUUGCAGCAGCCUCAGCAAGAACAUGAUCCGCAGCCAGUGAAGCCAUGCUGGUACAGACGCCUCCGUCCGCGUGCACAACAAGGACAACCACCACAAAUCGUUUCCAGAGGAAUAGUCGCUCCGCAGGUACAACCUCGGGGAAACGUGAUGCACCGCUUUGGCCGCUGGAUUGCGGAAAGGACACGGCCACAACUGGUUGGAAUCCCGGGGUCGUUAUUCCCUCGGAACGUAGCGCAGGAUCCAGUGUCGACGGUAAGCCCUCCUAAGAGCAUGUUGUCAGGAACACUAGGCCCGUCAUAUUCGGAAACUCUGGUGGACACAUUAGUUGCAGAGCCGCGUACGAGAACCCCGAGCCCACUUCAACGUGUAGUGCGACGGAUGAGUAGUACUGCAACGCUAGAUCUCUUCUAUCGUGCACACUCUCCUUCAAGGCUUAGUGAGCCGGAUCGAACAGCUCGUGCUAGCCCACAGACAGUACCAUCGAGGCGCCAUCAGGGCCCUCAUCAUGCUGGCGAAAUUUACAGAUUUCUUUGGAAUACAACUGACAAUCGAUCAGGACCCUCACCAGGCUCUGAACCUCCUCCAAAGAACGCACCGAACGCAAGUACCGGCUUUGAUUCGGCUUCAGCAGACGUAAGUCGACCUCCAACACGACGCGGCCCCGAUCAGAGUGCGACCAACGGAUCUUUUCCAAAUUCUACAUCCAAUGAACUUGUGCAAGACUCCGUGCUAGGAGCAAUUUCAUCACUGGCUCAGGUAGAUGAUAGUUCCAUUCAAGGCGAGGAGGACUUUACGGUCGGCAGCAGACGUCAUUCAGCCUGA